AUGACGAGUGCGGAGAAAUGGAAGAACAUUCCUCUAUCCAAGGAAAAGGAAGACGACGUUGUAGUGGCUGGAGAGGAAGUUAUUGGCGAGGAAAUUUUCCAAAUAACUCUCGCGGGGAAGCUAUGGACGAAUAUCAACUUCAAAACUAGAACGUUUCUGAGCACCAUGUUCAGUGCUUGGAAACUCAAAAACGCAGUGGAGACCUAG